AUGUUCGGGCGAGUGAGUUUGACGGCAAUGGCAUGGAAAGGGUCGGCCGUGUUUUUGCUGGCAGCAGUGUGCACAGCAGUUUCUCCAGAGGCAUUGCAAUCUGCCUUGGCCAAGGUGGCCAGAUCGAAGAGUGCUGAGUACAACUGCUCGGUGAGCAUUGCCGUUCGGACGCCAGUCGCGUCCGCACAGGCAGCCGACGGCAUUGUCAAUUUCGAGGCAAGCCAGAAGGCAGCGGCGACAGACUUGUACCCUUGGGGAAGUGUGACAAAGAUGUUCACCGCCGCAUCAGUCAUGAAACUGGUCGCAGGAGGCUACUUUCGACUGGACGAUGAGAUCGCCCCGUUGGUGGACCCCGUGCUUGCAAGGAUGGCAGCAAAGGACCCGAAGCAAAACUUCACCAGCGUGGAAGAACUCUGGGGCGUGAAUGCUGCGAAAACCACCCUUCGAGAGCUGUUGGGCAUGAUGUCUUCCAUACCUGAUUUCGAUACGGCGCAGCCAGCCAAGACCGGCAUCUCCAAGGAUCCUCUGCGGGCUGAGCUUUAUCGUCAGGCAGACCAUUUCUACGAGCCUGCGGAGCUGAU